AUGAGGCUGGCGGUGGGCGUGCUCUGGCUCCUGGCCCUCGGAGGGCCCCCACAGACCCAGGGUGCCUGCCCCUCUCAAUGCAGCUGCAGCCUCCAUGUCCUGAGCGAUGGCAGCAAAGCCAGGACAGUGGUGUGCAACGACCCUGACAUGACUCUGCCCCCAGCAUCUGUUCCUCCGGACACCUCCAAACUGCGCCUGGAGCGGACGGCCAUUCGCAGGGUGCCCGGGGAAGCCUUCAAGACGCUGGGCCGCCUGGAGCAGCUGUGGCUGCCCUACAACGCCCUCUGCGAGCUCAGCGCGCUGAUGCUCAGGGGCCUGCGCCGCCUGCGCGAGCUGCGCAUGCCCGGGAACCGCCUGGCCGUCUUCCCCUGGGCGGCGCUCAGGGACGCCCCCCAGCUGCGGCUGCUGGACCUACAGGCGAACCGCCUCUCCGCUGUGCCGCCGGAGGCCGCGCGCUUCCUGGGGAACCUCACUUUCCUGGACCUCUCCAGCAACCAGCUGCUGAGGCUCCCGCAGGAGCUGCUCGCCACGUGGGUUCACCUGCACACCGGGCCCUUCCGUCCCGGUCACCAUGCCAGGUUGGUCCUAGGGCUGCAGGACAACCCCUGGGUGUGUGACUGCCGACUCUACGACCUGGUCCAUUUCCUAGAAGGCUGGGCUCCAAACCUGGCUUUCAUAGAGGCCAGGCUGAGGUGUGCCAGCCCACGUAGCCUGGCUGGAGUGGUCUUCAGCCAGCUGGAACUCAGGAAGUGCCAGAGUCCGGAGCUCCGUCCGGGGAUGACCAGCAUCAGGUCCCCUUUGGGCAGCACAGUAUUGCUACGCUGUGGGGCCACUGGGGUCCCCGGGCCGGAGAUGAGCUGGAGUAGGGCCAACGGGCACCCACUCAAUGGCACAGUGCACCGGGAAGUCUCCAGUGACGGCACGAGCUGGACUCUACUGGGCCUGCCUGCCGUGUCCCACCUGGACUCAGGAGACUACAUCUGUCAGGCCAAGAACUUCCUGGGAGCCUCUGAGACUCUUAUCUCCCUGGUCGUCACGGAACCGCAGACAUUCACGGAACGCAGUGGGGGCCCAGGGGCGCGGUGGGCAAGGACGGGCGAGGGGGCGGAAGCUGCCGCGUAUAACAAGAUGGUGGCCAGACACGUGCCCCACGUCCCUGAGCCUGCCGUCCCGGCCACCGGGCCCCCCGCGCCCAACACGAAGGAGCAGCUCUUCCUCCAGCACUUCCAGAUGAGGGCCCCAGAAGAGCCCUCGGACGUGCCGGCCGGCCCCCAGGAGGCCCAGACGGUGAGCUCCCUGAAGGUGGUGGGGGACACUUACCAGAGCGUGACCUUGGUGUGGAAGGCCCCCCAGGCUGGGAACACAACUGCCUUCAGCGUCCUCUACGCGGUCUUUGGGCAGCGCGACAUGCGGCGUGAGGUGGUGCCGCCCGGGAAGACCAGCGUCACCAUCCGUGGGCUGGUGCCCAAGGUCAAGUACGUGGCGUGCGUCUGCGUGCGGGGCUUCGUGCCCCGGAAGGAGCAGUGCGUCAUCUUCUCCACCGACGAGGUGGUGGACGCCGAGGCCACUCAGCGGCUCAUCAACGUGGUGGUGAUCAGCGUGGCCGCCGUCAUCGCCCUGCCGCUCACGCUGCUCGUCUGCUGCGGUGCCGUCCGGAGGCGCUGGCACAAGUGCCGCGCCAGGGGCUCCGCCGAGGCCACAGGUGCCUACGUCAACCUGGAGAGGCUGGGCCACAGCGAGGACGGCUCAGAGGAUCUGUCCCAGCACAGCCUCAGUGAGGCCGACAGACUCCUCUCUGCUCGCUCCAGCCUGGACUCUCAGGCCGUGGGCAUCAGGGCCAGCAGACGGAUCAACGAGUACUUCUGCUGAGGGCCGUGCGUCCCCCUCUCUGCACACAGCUGCCUACACACCUGACCCCACUAUCCUUCUUCUCCUCUCACACGCUCACUCUGACACUUGAGUCCAUGCUCAUCCACUCUUACCUACCCGGGUACCUGCUUCCUCUUACAUUUACACACAACUACAACAGUUAACACUUAUAAAAGCACUUACUAUGUGCCAGGAAGUGUUCUAAGUGCUUUAUAUAUAUUAACGCAUUUAAUUCUUAUGACAGUCCUUUGCAGCAGGCACCGCCCUUCUCCUAGCUUACCUGGAGAAGGAACAGGGGGAGUAAGUAACUUGCCUGUAUCACUUUUUGCUGCAUAACAAACAAAGGCAAAAUCGCAGUGGUACAAGGCAAC